AUGAUUUUUAAGAUGAAUACCUACCUUGGUGAUAAAUCCAAUACAUCAGUACCGGGAUAUUUCAAAGGCUCUGCGCUAAAUGAUGGCAGUUUUUCUGCGAACAACUCCAACGAGACAGGAAGCAACCUGGAUUCACCUGCCUUGGCCACCAGCAGGGCGAUCAUUGUGGGGCUGAUCCUCGGUGCCUUUAUUCUCUUUGCUAUCAUAGGUAAUAUCCUGGUAAUCCUCUCAGUGGCUUGCAACAGACAUUUAAGAAUCCCUACGAACUAUUUCAUCGUUAACCUGGCCAUAGCAGACCUGCUGCUGAGUUUCACUGUGCUGCCGUUCUCUGCCACGCUGGAAGUGCUUGGCUACUGGGUUUUGGGGAGGAUAUUCUGUGACAUCUGGGCAGCGGUGGAUGUGCUGUGCUGCACAGCCUCCAUUCUGAGCCUGUGUGCCAUUUCCAUCGACAGAUACAUCGGGGUCCGCUAUUCCCUGCAGUACCCCACGCUGGUCACCAGGAGAAGGGCGAUUUUAGCUCUCCUGGCAGUUUGGGUCCUGUCCAUGGUGAUUUCCAUCGGACCUCUGCUGGGCUGGAAGGAGCCGGCCCCGCAGGACGACAGGGAGUGCCGGAUCACCGAGGAGCCCUUCUAUGCUCUCUUCUCCUCCCUGGGCUCCUUUUACAUCCCUUUAAUCGUCAUCCUCGUCAUGUACUGCCGGGUCUACAUCGUGGCCAAAAGGACUACCAGGAACCUGGAAGCUGGGGUGAUGAAGGAAAUGUCCAACUCCAAGGAGCUGACCUUACGGAUUCAUUACAAGCACGAGGACACCUUAAACAACGCCAGAUCCAAGGGUCACAAUCCCAGGAACUCCUUAGCUUUCAGGCUUUUAAAAUUCUCCAGAGAAAAGAAGGCGGCCAAGACGUUGGGAAUUGUGGUGGGCAUGUUUAUCCUGUGCUGGCUCCCCUUCUUCAUCGUCCUGCCACUGGGAUCCCUGUUCUCAGCUCUGAAGCCCCCUGAAACGAUCUUCAAGGUGAUUUUUUGGCUUGGCUACUUCAACAGCUGCUUGAAUCCCAUCAUCUACCCCUGCUCCAGCAAGGAGUUCAAGAGGGCUUUUAUCCAGAUCCUGAGGUGCCAGUGCCACCGGCGCAAGCAGCUGGGCUGGUGGCCCUACAGCUACAGAAACUGGAACCGCUGCUCCUUGGAGCACGCCAGGAGAGAUUCCCUGGAAGACAGCGGCAGCUUCCUGAGCGGCAGCCAGAGGACUUUGUCCUCAGCAUCCCCCAGCCCCGGCUACGUGAGCAGGAUCAGCCACCCGCAGCUGGAGCUGUGCACGCUGCAGGAGUGCAGGAACUGCAGCUCCCUGCUCAGCCCGGCCCGCCAGGCCAGCGGGCAGCAGGGCCACUGCCAGUUCUUCACCUUCCAGCUCCUGCCCGAGCACAACGGGCACGGCCCCGCUGCCAGCCAGGGCUCUGGGAGCGAGCCCACGGGCACACCCUGA